AUGGAGAAGGGCUUGACCAUGUCCAAUUUUGAGCCCAAUGCGGUCAUCCGCGGCUUUCAGCUCACUGUUGUAGGAACUGUUCGGGCUUUGCAGAACCCUGAUCUCUUCAAGUAUGAGCAUUUCCGUCAAGCGGCUCUCGCUGUGGGCGUGGGAGUUGUCAUUCAGCUUAUUGUCCAGAUCCCGAUAAUUGUCUUAAAGCUUGCCCUGUAUAUACUCUCGUGGAUCAUCAAUUUGGACCAUGCUACAUGGGACGAUAAACUCUUGGGGGGCAUGGAAUUCAUGUCCAAGUCUGUGCUUCAGGUGCCAUUCCUCUUGAUGACUCUGAUGGGAUACGUGACUCCCACACUGGAUGAAAUUUUCAUGCAAUCGAUCGAGUGGGUUGACACCACAUACAUCCAAAAGCACAAAUCCGAGAACCCCGAUACCCUGCGUGCCAUGUACUACCCUAGCUUGGUCAUGUACCCAACCAAGGGCAGCGCUCGAUCCCCACGCCCUAAGACUGAGGCUAUCAUGAUGUUCCUUCAUCGAUAUGCUAAAAGAAUGGGAAUGCUUCUCGGACUCUACCUGCUUUCUCUGGUCCCUGUUAUUGGUCGAUUCGUGAUGCCCGCAACAAGUUUCUACACGUUCCGCAGUCAUGUCGGCACAGCUCCUGCUGCUGUCAUCUUCGGCGUGGGGUUGAUCCUUCCAAAGGCGUUUAUCGUCAAAUUCCUUCACACGUACUUUGCGUCGAGAAGUUUGAUGCGCGAACUCCUUGAGCCGUACUUCCGCCGUAUUAAAUUCACGCCUGAACAAAAGCGCCGCUGGUUCCGUGACAGGGAAGGGGUAUUGUUUGGAUUUGCCUUUGCUUUUACGGUAGUGCUGAAGACUCCCUUUAUCGGCGUGCUUAUGUAUGGAGUUGCCGAGGCCUCCACGGCCUACCUUAUCACCAAAAUCACCGACCCACCACCUACCCCUGCAGAAAGUGAAGGUUUCGCAGAGAGUCAAGUGACAUGGAAGAACAAGCAUGACUUCCUCCACUUGUCUCUUGAGAAUAUUGACAAGCUCAAUGUUGUCACAGAUGAAGCUGGAGCUAAGGAAAGCCCCUCCAGCCCUGGAAAAAAGUUCUCUUGA